AUGGCUGGUGCGUCCAACGCUCAGGACGGUAUCACCAUCUCCUUCCAGAACAUGAAGAGCAUCACGCUCUCUGCCGACAAGAAGAUUGCUUCAAUCCAACCUGGCAAUAUUUGGGGUGAUGUAUACCGCGAGCUUACAAAGUCUGACCUAAACGUCAUCGGUGGUCGAAUAUACGACAUCGGUGUAGGAGGACUAACUACUGGAGGGGGCAUCUCCUACUUCUCUAACCUCCACGGCUGGGCUUGUGAUAAUGUCGAAAGCUACGAUGUCGUCACCGCUACCGGUGCUAUCAUCCGAGCAUCAGUCACCCAGUUCGCGGACCUGUACUGGGCCCUGCGUGGCGGCGGCAACAACUUCGGCCUCGUAGUCAGCUUCAACCUCCGGACCAUCUCGCUCCCAGGCGGUAAGAUGUGGGGCGGUUCCCGAACCUAUCUCGAAGAUUCGUUCCCUGCGCUCUCUGGGGCUUACGCCAACUUUAUUGCCAACGCGGAAAGGGACCCCAAGGCUGGCCUGUGGCACGUAUACGCCUACUUCAACGGCACCAAGCUCUCGCUCCCGACCCUGUAUUAUGCCGAGCCUGACGGCGGCGAUGCCGACAUCUUUUCCGAAUGGAACGCUAUUCCCGCCAUCUCUGAUACGACGCAGAACCGCAUCAUUGCUGACUGGGCCGCAGAAGGAGCCCAGGGUUCACCGCCGGGCCCGCGGGAGAUUUAUUCCGUUAUUAGCAGCAAGGCCGACAAGGGGCUCGUUGAUGCCGCGCAGGAAAUUUACUUUGAGGAGGUUCUUGCCGUGACGGAUCUGCCCGGCGUUCUUCCUACUCUGGUGUUCCAGGGCAUCACCAUUCCGAUGUUGAAGCACAUGCAGCAGAACGGGGGCAAUGCGCUGGGUCUCAAUGUCGAAGACGGCCCGUUCUAUAUCAUUCUGCUCUCCAUAAUGUGGAGCAACGAAGAGGACGACGACAAGAUUUAUUCUUUCGCCUCAACAGUCAUGGAAAGAACCAAUGAUGAAGCCAAGGCGCGGGGGCUGGAGAACGACUACAUCUACAUGAACUACGCCGCACAGUUCCAAGAUGUAGUCAGUGGAUACGGCGCGGAGAACAAAGCUAAGCUUAAGAGUAUUGCGAAGAAGUACGAUCCCAAGGAGGUCUUCCAGAAGCUUCAGCCCGGGUACUUCAAGCUGGAUCGUGCUCCGGUCCCAAGUUCCAAGUACUUCAACUGGUAG